CUCGCCCCGCCGUUUUGCGAGAGCUUUGUCAUCUGAGACGGAAAGAGUGAGGGAGGGGUGGGGUGUGGGGGGUUGCUGGCUCGUGCGUAACUCUCCGUUAAACCAGAGGCUUGAGAGAUACACACGCUCCAGAAACACCAAGCAGCGAGGCAGCUCUUUCUCUUUCUUUCUCUCUUUCUUUCUCUCUCUCUCUCUCUCUCUCUCUCUCUCUCUUUCUCUCUCUGGUCACACUGUAUAAUGGAGACCCUCCACACAGCCACCAUGGUUACUGGAGUACCCAAGAAAGAAUACUGUGGCACCGAGACCAACUACGUAGAUCUUGGGAGCACCAACACGGUGAAAGUCACAUUCUCCGGUGAGGGAAACCAGCGAGCCAUAUUCAAGCGUAAAGGGAACCAUGAAGAACAUGAAGAAGGUCACACGGAUCAAAGGAAGAGCGCAAAGGACAGUUCUUCUGAUCUCUCAGAUAUGGAUUUAAAAAUCGAAAGUUUCCUCGAGGAGGAGACCGCUGUGACGUGCCGCAAACGGGAGGAAACGGACUACACAGACAUGUAUUUGAACAGUAGGUGCGAGUCCGAGUCGGAAGACAGCGAUCCCGAUGAAAGCGAACACGACAUGCCUGUGGCCGAGGAGACAGAAUCGCACUACAUAACGACACACGAGAUUCAGCUCACCGAACUGGACCACGACAUGGACCACGAACUCGGUCGUGCCGCAAGCUCGUGCUGGGAUUACGAAGAUGACAAUCUUGUGUACUCGUUUGUGGACUACGCGUCUUUCGAGAGCGGCGAGCAGCCUGCCGGGGAGAGGGGUCAACGACGAUCGACAAACAGCCGUCCACCAAAACUGGGUGCCACCAAAGCACUGAUCAGCACUGAGAGCGAAGGUGCGAGCUCAGACGACGGUGCGCGGAACACUGCGGGACGCAUUCACGUAUCCAUUAAAGACUCGUCCCAGCCCGUGAGCGAGUCUGUUCGCCCGUCCCUGGAUGAGAAUGACCUUUUGCGUUGUUAUCGUGAAACACAAGCAAAGAUAGAUAGUCAAGCGCACUGUUUCAUUCCUGCGCCUGGACGCCAGCAUCUGGCUAGCAAACUGAUGAAAGGCAAAGAUGUCACCGAGUACUCGAGCGGCGCAUCGAGUUCUGUGAGUGAGCUUGACGAUGCCGAUAAGGAAGUCCGUAACCUGACCGCGAAGUCUUUCCGGAGCCUUGCGUGUCCCUACUUCGACACCAUCGACCUCAGACCCUCGAGUGAGUCCUCUGUUUCAGAGCACAGCCUGAGCAUGAACAAAUGGUCCACUUUUGUUGAUUUCAAUUACAGGAAUUACGUGACACAGGGUGGGGUCACGGGCGAGCGCAAAAAUUCCACAUGCUCUGUGGAAAUGAGAAAGCAUACGGAAAGUGGAACCGUUAACAUGAACAACAUCGCUGAAGGGAAAACCCACCAGACGAACACCCUGUCAUCAAAAUAUAAAGAGAGCUGCGAGCUGAGAUGCGAGACCGAGACGCGUACGAAAUGCAUUCGGAACGUCUCGAACAGUUGCGACGCAACAACAAGCCAGCCACACGAUCAGGCGGACGUCGGCGUGGAGGGAGUGCACAAGAAAGCCGUGUUUGCCUCGAGCCUCCUGCAAAACGUCAUCUCAAAGAAAAUGCGGUUUGAGCAAGCGCGUCAAUUGGGGCGUGGUGAAAUAAGCGGUGCGCAACAUGCUCAUUCACCACCGAAAGACCGCACCAGCUGCACGUUUUUACAAAGACAGACGUCAGAAUCAGGAUCUCUGCACUCCAUUGCCUCCAUGGAAGACGUUCUGGACAGUUCGAAUGCACCUCUCAACAAAGUAGAGAAAGAAGAGGGCGAGGAGACAUGCAAGACAUCAUGUAUACCUGGAAUAGAGAACAUCGAAGAGCCAGCAAAGACUCCACUGCUGGAGGACCACGGAAUCUGCGAAGAAACCAGCGAGGUCAUAGUACCCAAAGUGCACAUUGAAAGUGAUGCCAUGGCCACAACCGUGCCGGUAGAGGCACCAAAAGAAAACGAGAACGCAUGCGUUGAAGUGACGAAUAGUAAAACGACAAAAAUGUCACACUUGUACGUUCCCGGGUCGCAUUUCCUUUCAAAAGAAAGGGAAGUAGUGGAACCAGUUAAACAAACAAUUGAUUCCAUCCAAUCAGACGGAAAUAAUACACACAGCAUGGACACUUCAAAAGGCAGCAAAGCCCCAGAGAUCACAAUCCGCCUGCGCAGCGUCAAGGAAAACAAAAACAACCUUGAGCGUCCUUUUAACAUCGCCAGCCUCCUGACGCCGAACCUCGCCAAGCAUAGUGGCGACACCAAGAGCGACAAAGUUCCACACUUUACAGUGAGGGAUGUCCGGGACAGCAGGUGUAAACUCCAAACGCCGAUCCAUCAGGUGCGAGACGUGCGCAAACUGGUCAAGAGCUCGUACCGGUUGGUGUCUCUGGAAAGUGGCGAGAAUAAAACCACAUCACGCGAAGAAAGCGAGGCUGUCAAAAAAGAACCAGAUAAAAACUACAAGAAGGAGAAGACGCCCAUGGUGAUCAAAUGCCACUCGGUGAACACUAAUACCAACACCAGUGCGAAUUCAAACAGACGGAACGACUCGGAAAACGAGAGGUCACCGAUGCAGACGAUCUCCGAGCAGCAGGAGAUUCAGUUGAAGUCGGCCAGAUGGAAGGAAAGCUGUGAUAAAAGGGUCGAGUGUAAAAUGGCGAACCAGGUGGCACUCGAGAAGCUAAAGGCGGCUGUGAAGACCAUGGAGCAGCUUUAUGUUUUUGACCGGAACGAGUGGCGGCGCAAGACGGAGGCACCGCGGCCGGUGACGGACAGCCAUGUCCUCUCGCUAAUUACCAGCGAGGAGCAAGGAGUCGAUGGUGAGAGGCUAGAGAAAGCAGAACCUUCAAAAGUUUCAACUCCUGGUGCAGACACAAGCUUCAACAGAGCAAUCACUCAUCAUCCACAACAAGAUGUUCCCAAGAUCCAGUGUUCCAACGUCCAUAGCAACAUCUCUAGCUCCACGAGAAGCCCCUUUUCCCUCAACAUCUGCCCUUCAAAAAGCUUGAAAGCGAAACGAGUCGAGGGCGAAGUCACGAGCGCUGAAUCGGAUUCGGGACCUAAAACUCAACCUCCGCCUGUAUUGGAUUCGGAAAAUUAUCUAACCAUCCCGAUUAAGCCACGCCCCUUAGAGACAAAACCCCAAACCUCGGAAGAAAUUCUCAACCCCGCCUCUCAGCCUCAGCUUCAGCCCCGCCCACCUCUUCAGCGCUCACCAGUCGUCACAGAUUCAUGGUCUCCCGAGAGCCCGACGCUGACCUUCUGUCAGCCCGCACAAAUCCUUUGCGUCACGCCCCCCAUGGACCCACUCACAUCAAACACACAACGUAAACUCCUGCUGGAUCCCAUAACAGGGCAGUGCUACCUGGUGGACACGCCCAUCGCCCUUCAGCCAGUCACGCACAGACUCUAUUGCCCUGAGAGCGCUCAGUACCUGGACGUACCGGUGGCCCUGAGCCCGGCGACGUAUCUCAUCUGUCCACCGACAUUUGUACAGCCGCAUUCGCCCCCUGUUUGCUCGCAGGGCGAGAGCACAAGCGCAGGUGCAAGCCUGACAAUGGGCGGGGCUAAACCAGUCAUCAGUAUUACAUCACAGCAAGGACCACGCAUCGUGGCUCCGCCUUCUUUCGACGGCACGACCAUGAGCUUUGUCGUGGAGCACAGAUGAGUUCAGAAGUCUGGGUUAUGUACAGUAUGUGUGUGUUUGUGUGCGUGCGUGAGAGUGUGUGUUUGUGUGCGUGCGUGUGUGUGUUCAUGUUUAGGGGGGUGCCCUGGUUCUCACAUCGGAACGUAACAUAACGGUUCCCACAGAAACUAUGUCACUUCCUGUGCCAUUUCAGCUUCCUGUCUGCACUGUGGUUUCAAAGUGAGGGUUUUUUUGUUUCCCAGGUGUGUGUGUGUGUGUGUGUGUGUGUGUGUGUGUGUGUGGAGAAUAGGCGGUGUUCUUGGUCGGACAGUUUCACAGCUGCUUGCCUACAUUCUGUAAACACAUUUGAAGCACUGCAUUGUGGGUAAAUUCAACAUAAGUUAACACUUCACUGAGCUGUUGUUUGUGUCAUUAAGAGAAAAUAAGCGUUCACUGUUCAUCCGUUAAAGUGUUUUUACCUCUGUUUAAUGUGCGGCUGUGUUCCAAUACUGUUUUUAAUGCACCCUUGUUGACCUCCCCUUGAUUGAGUCCCCUCUGCCAUCCCGUGUAUCGUUCCUUUAUCACAACACUGCGAGUGAAGCUGUAAAUUUGUGAUUUUUGACCUUUAUAACCCCAAACUUUACUUCUACAUCUGUCCAUGACAGCUUCCAGCACUGCUUGCUAGUUAGCAAACUGCUAAUCUGAUCAUCUGUGAUGCUAAUGCAGCAAUAUUAGCAUCGUGCUAACCGUAAUCCGAGCUCAUAUUUUACAUUUCAUGUCCUUAUGAACUCGGAGCUGAUCCCAGACUGUAAACAACCGACUGUGACUUGCUAGCUAGUUAGCAAGCUAGGUAAUAUUUAGCAAGAAUCUGAGCGCGUAGACGUCCAAAGAAAUUGGCUCGACGCUCUGUUUGUCCAUGUGAAAAAGGGGGGAGCUUCAGAUCAUUAUCGCUAGCCUUCCUUUAAUUCUUUUGACUUGACGUAAUAUAAAAUUCUGGCUUUAUUUAAACGAUAUGCUAGUUUAGGAACAUGAAUUAAGCCUGCUAGCUACUAACAUACAGGACAGUGCUGAUGUUAAACUGUUAUAAACUGAUACAUUGUGUAAAUAAUUAGCUCGUAACUUAGCUAACAUUAGAUAAACUAUUACAUUCUGACCAGAAUUGUAUGUGAAUUAGUUAAGUCAAACUUAAGAAAUGAAAAGAAAGACCACUGGUGAUGUCAUAUGAUGAAGCCUAAACAGUCACUAGUCAAAAUGAGGGGGAGUAUUGGGAAAAAGUAUUAGAAUACAGCCUUCUGUAAAGCCGAACUUGUUAAUAGUUUCAACAUUAAAGCUAACAUUAAAACUUU